AUGCUACUUAAAGGUAACUAUUGUCGUGGCAAGCACAACCCAAAGAUCCACAAGAGCAGUGUGAGUCAACAGUACAGAAGACACCCCCAGCUGUUCAACGCGGCCAACCUUGCCGGAAAUUGUGACCAAGCAGGAGCAAAAGGAAACAGUAGGGGGUGGGAUGCUGAGAUGCUGAUUCGUCCUGAGAGAGAUUCAGAGGAGUCCGACACACAUGGCAUAGACAUGGAACCCAAGACAGUCGAGGAGAAGACCAUGGACUCGGCUGAAUGGAACCGAUUAGACGAGAACGAAGACGAGGUUGUUUCGACCUUGGAAAUGCUUCGGGACGGUCCCUCCAUCAAUUCGCCCAUGAUGGAUUCACCAGUGACAAUGAAGAAAGUCAUAGUAAAGUUUUCAUCGAAAACCAUGAAAUCAACCGAUUCAGAGCCUGAGGACUCGGAUGAGAUGGAUACCGCUACUACCACUACGGACCAUGAUACGGAUGCUACCGCAAGUUCAGACGAGACAGAUACCAUUCGAAAUGAGGGUAUGCUUCCAGUCGAAGACCUCUACCCAAAGUUUACGGUCGAGAAGUAUAACAAGAAUCCAGCAGGAGAGCCCGACAAGACAGGUGCCAUCAAAGACUAUAAUAUGAAUCCAUUCCGAGAGUCCGAUGAAACAUCCGCAACCGGGAACCACAAUGUGGAUCUAGCAAACGAGCCCGUCGAAACAUCUACUUGUGCGGACCACGAACAGAAACCAGCAAAGGAGCCCAACGAGACUUCCAACACUGCGGACCUCCGAACGAGCACGGUCGAAUCCUCCAACAACAAAAAGGUUGAAUACAGGCCAUUCAACUUGCUAGGCUGUCCCGACAACGUCGUUCACCAGAUCCUCCGUUGUGUCCUUUUCAGCGAUGAGCAGAUCAAGCCAUUCUGGAAUGUCGGCGCCCUCGAAGUCGCCGCGGAAGAGUCAGGAAAAGAGAACUUCACCACGGUUCUCGUAGCUUUCGCGGGCAGCAAGAAGCUCGUCGACGAAGCCACUACGAUCCUCUACGGCGAGAAUGUUUUCAAACUCCAGCACGCCAAAGUCUCACUGUGGUGGCUCGAGCGCAUUGGAUCCAACAUCUCCAAGAUCAAACGCCUUGCGAUUUCAGUCGAAGAGGGUGUGAUGGACCAAUUCGGGACUCGUUCCGAGACGCUCUGGUACUCGAUCUUCCUCUUGCUCGAAGCGAAGCACAGACUCCGGUGCCUGAAAGUCAGCUUCGCGGAUUGGGGCAAUGGGGUUGAUGAGGGUGAUGGGCUUGAUCCGGACAGGGACAUUUACGUCUGGGAGCCGCGACAUGGUAUCCUUAGGACGCUGUUGAGCUUCCGAGGGCUAAAGUUGGCAUUCAUUACGCCAGGACCCUACGUGGGUGAGUGCUACGCAGAUUUGCUUCAGGAUGCUCUUAUCAUGAGUCCGGGCCAGUCGAACGAAGAAUUGACCGAGUUUGAGCAAGAGGUUGAGGAACCGAAGAGAACCAAGUACCUGUUCUAA